CGUGUCCUCGCGAAAGCGGUAGCGGCGCUACACCCGUCGGUGUGUCAGACGCGGAUCCUCCAGAAGUUUUGCGCCUGACCCCGAUCCUCUCGCCCGGAGCAUCAAACCUGCGCCAAAACCCCCAGCAGCUCACGGUUCCUCUGGGUUAUGGAAAUGGAUAAAAUGGACGAAAACGACUGGAAAUAUCACGGGGAGGGCAACAAGAGUCUGGUCGUGUCUCAUUUGCAGCACUGUCGAGUUCUUCGUCUGCUGAAGUUUCCCUCCGAAGACUCUGCACAUACACGACAGACUGCAGAACAAGCUUUUCGACACAUCCCCAACAUCGUGGAUUAUAGUAAAUAUGUCAUGAAGCCUUUACUGGGGGAGAAAUACGUUCACAGUGGAGAGGUUGUUAAACUACCGCUGGACUUUGUGAGACAGCUGUCGCUAAAGGUCCAACAGGAACGACCUGAACUGCGCUGUGAUAAGGUCAUGGACACGUUCAGUGGGUGUGGUUUAUGCCUUCCCAACCUGACCCAACUUCCCCUCCACCAUCUCAGAGACCACAGACCUCCAAUCUGCGUUGAGAUUAAGCCAAAAUGUGGAUUUCUACCCUUUUCAAGGCACAUAAGCAAGGAAUGCAAGCGCAAAGUUUGCAGAUUCUGCAUGCAUCAGCAUUACAAGUUAGCCAAUGGGAAGUGGAAGCGAUUGAGCAGAUAUUGCCCUCUGGAUCUCUUCUCAGGGAGCAAACAGCGAAUGUAUGUUGCAUUGAAGAAUCUGUUAGAGGAACCACAAAACAACUUGAAAAUCUUUAAGGGUGGAGAGUUGAUAUUUAGCUGUAAAGAUGAUGCCAAGCAGCAACCCGACUUGAACGAUCUCAUUCAACACCUUCGGCCUUAUUUCCCUCAUAGUAAUGGCCUCUAUAACAGCCACCAGCCUGGCAAAGUGGUCCUGAAUGAGUUAAUUCGGGUGAUCUGCUCCGCUCUGCUCAGCGGCGGGGACUCGAAUCGCUCGGGAGAGCCCAGGAAGGUGCACCUGUCCGAGAGCAGGCCGCACUGUGAAGCCAGUCCCUUCCCAAGAGACCUGCUCCGCAACGGUAACCACAGCCUCCCUAAAGACAGUGUCCUUGCAAAAAUCCUCCAAGUCCAGAUGAUGGAUAACCUGGAUAUUGAAGGAAUCUACCCUCUGUACAAACGCGUGGAGCAGUAUCUAGAAGAGUUCCCGAGAGAAAGAAACCGACUGCAGAUAGAUGGGCCUUACGAUGAGAGUUUCAUGGACACUGUGAAAAACUGUCCUACUGAAGAUGACGGCUCUGUAGAAUAUGCAGUUGGGAAGGUUCAUCAGUAUAGAGUCGCAAUGACUGCCAAAGACUGCUCAAUCAUGAUCACGUUUGCACCUUGUGAGGAAGACGAGGAACUCCAGUUGAAUUUGGAGAAGCCUCGUUUCACGUAUUCAGUCUCCAUCCUGGAUCUGGACCCCAAACCGUAUGAAGGCAUCCCUCACCAGUACAAGCUGGACACCAAAAUCGCCAACUACUACCUGCGGAGCACGCAAGCUCCGCCCCCCUCCAGCCUAUAUAAGGAAAGGCAGGAGUGCACGUUGCUCUUCCAUGCUGUAUGAGAAACCUCUACAAGUGCUGCUUGGGAAAUACCUAGAAGUGAAUCUGAAAUAGUGAUAUAAUUUAGUUUUUUUUUUCUGUUUGCUAGUCUGUCUAGUUGUUUGCCCUCCCAAAGUGUUCUGCCACGUGAAGUUGUCGUUCGCAGUUGUUGCCAGAGCAAACCUGAUGUUUAUCUUUUUGAGGGGCUGGUCUCCUAAAGCACAGAAUAUCUGAAUGAGUCAGUCAUUGGCUGUAAAAAGUGAGGACAUUGAGGGUGUGUGUGUGUGUGUGUGUGUGUUUUUGUGCAGUGCUGUUGGGUGUUUCUCGCACGCAGUGGCGCUACUGUGGUCUCCAAGUGCCAAAAGUGGCUUACAGCGAUUUUCCCUAAUGAACGUUUUACCGCGCAUCAGCUUGGCCGUGUCUGCAGUCGCUGUACAGGCAGUUUGGAAUUCAAAAACAGACAAGUACUUGAGUUUUUUUAGGGCGGCUUCAUCCCUAGAGCUCCUCAAACCUCUGACCUACAGUAGCAGGAGUAAUACUGACAAGCAGACCUGUUGCAUGCUAGCGAAUGAGGUCGCGAUAACACCGUCACUACCCGUAAAAUAGAUUUUAUAAAUUAGAAGAUAAGCCUUAUAUUACUCGCUAUUGAAAUUUUAUUUUUGUAAUGUACCCUCAGCUAGCGUAACCGCUAUAUACAAAUCAAAGUGUCUUAUUAAACAGUAGUUCACAAUAAUAUAAAAAGGUACAUUGGUUAGUAACCUUCAUGUCAUCGCAAACCCAUUUGAUAGCAUCGUUACGCAGCUCGUCAGUUCAUUCUGACCAGCUAUUGUGAAAGAACGCAACAAUUUUGAACAAUCUUAAGUGAAUAACGACUGAAAUUUAUAUCACUUUAGAAGACUUUGGAGCUUUAAAGCCUUUGGUCACAACGGUUGUUUUAUGGCAAAAGUUAUGUAACGAUUCUUCAAAUGUUUGGAAAACAUUUUUGGUUGAACUACUACUUUAAAGUUAGUCCAUCAUCUCAAACAUAAAACACCACCGUUUUCCCCAGAAAAACUGCUGUAAAAUGAAAAAUCGUCUGUGUCUGUCCAUCAGCGACGGCUUUGUCUCUGAAUUUGACACUGAUAUGCUUGGUUGUCAUCUGUUUUUAAAUCUCAGAGCAGAAAACAACCAGAGGAAUCCAUCCCCAGCAGCUUGAACACUACUACGGUUACAUUUGGCUUUAGUUUUAAUGGCUGUAAUUGGUUGCAGGGCCAGACAUUUUUCAGAAGUCGACCAAAGAUGGACAGCACGCCAGUUUUUGUUAGCACAAUAAAAAGGAUGAUCCAGCAGUUUUUCCAACAGUGAUUUUUUUUUUCAGAGAAGAAGUAUAGGCCACAGAAAUGGUUGUGUUGAGUUAACGUUAUAUGAGUUGCGAGUUUGGCGUCUUUGAUUGAAAAAACCACAGUAAGACGGUUUGUGCAGAUUUUAUGGUGUAACUAACACUAAAGAUGGCACCUCAAGGUUGCCUUUCUCUGUUAUGGGGAAUAUUACUGUUACAAUGUACUGUGACGUGAGUAAUGCUCACGCUUCUGUUUACCUUUUUUAGCGUGAUGCAAACUGCGUCGGCUUUAUUAACUCAAAAGUCGUCAAUGCAGUUCCAGUCAGGCGAACAGUGUUUGCAUUUUACAUGGAUGAACAUUCAACAUUGCCAAACUGUGUUCACACUCCCCUUUGUCUUAAUGUGAACUGGUGUCAAAAAAAAGUAUUAAUACGCCUUCGCUGUGAGCGCUUUCGUUGUCGAACUGAUGGCAUUUGUUUGACAUGUUUUGAUGUGUCAUGAUGUAACUGAUUGAAAAGUGCAGUUUCUCCUCAACAGACAUUGUGGUGUAUGCCUUUGUUUUAACAUCAUCUUACCCCUUUUGAACCAGAGAAAUUGUGAGUCUGAGGUGUGGACAUUGUGUUAUUCUAUAGAAAUAAAGAUCUCUAAUCACUAUGUAGGUAGGAAUGGACAUUAAUUCUGUUAUUAAGCAAGAAAAGAAAAGAAGAUCACAAUUUCUGUGAUGGAAUCUAAUGUUAAAAUGUAACUAUUUGAAAAUACAAAGUGGAUUUUGCUGUCGAACAUUUUGUAUUCAAAUUAUUUAUUUUUCUAGCUCUUGUCUAAUGAUGUAUAUUUCCUUACAGUGAGGGCAUAUCAUGCUUAAAAUGAUUGACACGUACAGGUGACAUCAAUAUGUAGUUCCUAAUGGGUGAUUGUACAGGUGUUUAUAUUGAAUAAAAAGAUUAGAUACGAAGCUC